AUGUCUGAUAUUGAUAGAGGUCGUCCUGUUUUUAAAUUGAGAAAAGAAGUUACUUCUUUAGUAGACAAUACUAACAAUAGUAUAAUCAUUGAUGAAACAAAAAAUAAUAAUAAUGACGAAUCAGUAGAUUUAACUUUUAGUAAUUCCAAAGCAACUGUCGUGGAUCAUAUAGUUGAACCAAAUUUAUUGACCGAGAAUGAAAAAUAUUCAGUAGAAAGUGUAAAAUUAGAUCUAUUGGCUCUAUUGGGAGAAGAAUUUAAAUUAGCAGGAUUUAUUGAUUCGUUCUCAGGUAAAGCAAUGAUUAACGAUACUAAGCAUUUAUACAUUUGGAAUUACCAUGAAUGGAAACAAUCUGCAUAUAAUAAGCUUCCUCUGAACUUAACUGACGGUCAAGAUGAUACUCCUCCUAUCUGUUUACUAACUUGGCCUGCUACAAUGGAUACCUUAGAUACAGACAACAGUUGCUGGGGUAUCUGCAUUAUCUAUAGACAAUCAGGUAAGAUUUUCUUUUACGAGGAUUUAUCUUCUAUAAAUAAUCUUUAUUCCCAACUGUCUCAGAAUAUGGCACACGUCUUAGAUUUAAAAUUAUCCAAUUCUAAUGAAUUUAUAACUUCAGCAAUCAGUGUUGAACCCAGUGGGAUUGUCUUAGCUACGUCCUUUGGUAGAGUUCUAUUCAUCACUAUAAGAGAUUCAAUGGGUCACCCAAGGAUUCAAUUGAAACAACAAUUAAUUAAAUCACAAAGGAGUUUCUUCUCGAGUUUAUUUGGUUCAAGAGAUGAUGACUCGACUAAUAUUAAUAAUAAUAAAAACAGAUAUCAGUCUCAUGAUGUAGUUUCAUUGAAAAAUGGUCCAAUUGUAGGAAAAGGUGAUAGAUUGUUAUAUAUUACCACUAGAAGGGGUGAAUUCCAUAUAUGGCAGUUGUCUGUUAGUUCUAAUUGUUUUAAAAGAAUUGAAAUCAAUAUUUAUAAUCAAAUUUUAGAAUCUUUACAGGAUUUAUACCCUUUUGCAGCCUCAUCUUUACAAAUCUUGGAUUCUCAUCCAAUUUCACAUAAAAAUAAUAAAAAUAAUGAUAAUUAUUUAACUCACGUUGUUUUAUCAUCCAUAUCUAAUUAUCCAGAUGAUGUUUACUACAUUUUAUCUACAUUGGUGUUUGAUGAGGAAGCUAAUAAUUUCAAUAUUAUAUCUACAUAUAGAAUAAAUACUUACACCUCGCCAUUGAACGAAUCAUCCCCCAUUACAUUGCCAAAGCUUAUUAUUCCAAACUGGUCGAACGAGUUGCUUGAGAAAUCUAUUACAGAAACAUCAAAAAUUUCUAAUGUAGUUGUAUUAUUCCAUAAUGCCAUGGUGUUAACUCAAGUAAGUUCACAAUUUGAUGUUUCCUUUACAUUAAAGAGAAAGUGGGAGGAUGUGAUUUCCUUUAAAGACUCUGUGAAUAUAUUCGGAACUGGUUGUACCUCCCACAAAAUUUAUUUAUUAAGCAAAGGUCUUGGUGGCAUUAUUUCAGUUACAUUAAAGGACAAAUUAAGUUUAGAAACUACUCUGGAAGAAGUAAGAUUUAUUAAGAGUCAUAUAGAACAAGCCAUUUAUUUUUUUGAUAAAGAUACUCAAAUGGAAAUAAUGAAUCCAAUAGAGUUUAAUUUAUCCAAAGACAUUGCACUUGAUACAAAAUCCAUUGAAAACGAUUUAAAAUUGUCUGCAUUAGAGAUUAUUCAGUCAACUGGUAAAUAUAUUCCCAAAUUUACAUCAAAUCUACAACAACAUCUAUCUAUAAGAAUAAAUUAUUUCAAAAACCUUUUAAAAUUUACUGAAUUAAAUUUUAAUAACAAUAUUUCAGUCACAUUUAAAUUAUGGUUAAUUGAAAAUUUCGAAAUUAUGAACAGUUGUUUAAGACUUUACCGGUUUUUAAAUGGUAGUGAUGAAGGCUUGCAAACAGUUUGGGAAAAUGUAUUAAAGCAAAAUAAUGUAAGUGUAGAAGAAUUAAUUAUUUCUAAAAUAUUACAAUAUCCUAAAGUUUUUAAUGAUUUCCUACAUAAUAUUGUAACAAACUCACAAUCUAUUGAAUUUAAAUCCAAAAUAAUCGAGAUGAUCAACUCAUGUCUAUAUGAAGCAGUGUUGGAAGAGGGUGAAAACGACAUUCGUUAUGGUACCAUGAAACUUAAUGCUAAACAGGUAAAUCCUGAUAGCUUGCCAUGGUUUAUUACCUUAUCUAAUUUAACCAAGAUUAAUGAUAUCUUUUUCGAAUACAAAUUUCAAUUUAAAAAUGAAAAUGUAGAAAUUAAUUCAAAUGAUAUAAAGGAGCAAUUUUUAACACUACUGAAGAUCUUAUAUUACUGUUUUAAUCAAGUUAGACUAUGGACUAAUCAAUCAGGUAUUAUAACUACUGAUGAAAUUAAAUCACAAGAUAUUAUAACAAUAAAUAAACUAUACAUUGACAACCAUAUCGAUUGGAAUAAUAUUCUUUGCGAAUUCGGAUAUCAAUCUCAAUCCAUAGAAAUUACUGAAUUCUAUAAAGAUUUAGAGUCAUUAGUACAAACUUUGGAGACAUUACCUGUUGAUCAACCGGAUGUUGUUGAUCUUUAUAAUAAGUUUUUCCAAAAAUUUCAAAUGUCAUUUUCUGCUACGUUAUUUGAAUAUUAUGCCAACAAUCAUAAAUUAUCCGAAUUAUUUUAUAGAUUCCCAGAACAGCAUGAUAAUUUAAUCAAAUUUUUUCAAGAUAAUUCACCCAAAUAUGGUUCUAUUUCGUGGAUUCAAGAUAUUAUUGACCAAAGAUAUUCAGAUGCAUCAAAGACAUUAUUUGAUUUGCCAUUAUUACACCAGGAUAUUACAGAAAAUCAAUUCCAUUUAAAUGUGGCUAAAUUGGCAUGUCUCGUAGAACAAGAAGAUGACAACGAGCAACAAGAUAAAAAACAAUUUGAAAUUAGGAAAUUACAACAAAUUCAGUGUAAUUUAGAUUUGUUAGAUGCUGAAAUAGAAUUUAUCAAUCGAAUAAAACAGGAUCAGAUUGAGUUAAGCCCAAGAUUUAUAGGUACUCCAAUAGAAUCACUGUUUAAUAAGUUAAAAUCUUUACUAAUGGAUAAUGUAACAAUAUCGUUUAACGAAACAAUUGAGAUGUACAGUAUCUUGACAGAUUCAGACAAUAUCUAUUGUGCACUAAAAUUAUUAAGCUUUAAUGUUGAUUUGAUUGAAUUUGAGAUUAAACAAUAUCUUAUAUCCAUGAUUUGGAGAAGAUGUAUCCUUCUAGAUUUAGAUCAGAAUAUCAGAAACAAUGAUAUCAAAGACACAGUACUAUACAAAAUUUUAGAAAGAUUUUUUGCUGAAAGAUUAUAUGAAUAUGACUAUCCGCUACCUCACAUUUCGAUGCUUACAGACAAAUUUUUGAUUAGCGAUGAUUUACUAAGAAAUUUAUAUGGUAAAUAUUUGAAUGAUGAUAUCACCAGUAUAAAGCAAAUAAUAACUCAAGAAACUGAAACUAUUUCUCAACAGAUGAGUGAAAUUAACUUACAAGAUGUAAUAGCAGCCGCCAAUUUAUCAACUGGAAAUCACUGUGUGAUUAAUUAUAUAACAAAUGAAAUUGAUUAUACUAAAUAA